AUGAAGAUACAGUGCAACGUGUGCGAGGCAGCUGAGGCCAACGUACUAUGCUGUGCAGACGAGGCAGCUCUGUGCUGGGCUUGUGAUGAGAAGGUUCACAAAGCAAACAAGCUCGCAAGCAAGCACCAGAGGGUUCCUCUGUCUGCAUCUCACAUGCCCAAAUGCGAUAUCUGCCAGGAGGCAAUUGGGUAUUUUUUCUGUUUAGAAGAUCGAGCUUUGCUCUGUAGAACAUGUGAUGUUGCUAUACACGCUGCUAAUAGCUUGGUGUCAGCUCACCGGAGGUUUUUGCUCACCGGAAUCAGAGUUGGCCCUGAGCCAACUGAGCCUGAUUCUGGAGGUGAUGGUGGUGGUGGUGGUGGUGGUGGUGUUGGUGUUGGUGCCUCUUCUUCUUCUGUCAAGUCACGUUCUGGGUCUGGGUCUGGGUCGAGAUGCGAUACGCACAAUCCAAUGCCCGUGGAGUGCAAGGUAGCACCGGCCGGUGUUGAUGUGAUGCCUUUUGCUGGUGGUUCUUCAGCUGGGACUGUUCCUCAGUGGCAUAUAGAUGAGUUUCUGGGACUCUCUGAUUUUGAUCAGAGUUUUAGCUACAUUGAAAAUGGAUCUUCCAAGGCUGACUGCGGUAAACUUGGGGAGUAUGACUCACCAGCUUUAAAAUCAUCUGAGGAGGAACUGGAAGAUUAUGAGUGCAUAGGUGAGGUGCCAGAGACCUCUUGGAUGGUACCCCAGGUACCUUCCCCACCUACAGCCUCGGGACUCUACUGGCCUAGAAGUUCUCAGAUUUCAUCUGAUUUUUCAGUGUUUGUUCCGGACAUUUGCCACUCACAAAUGCAAAACCCUCUUUAUUCUCAACGUAACGGUACUGUCUCAAAAUGUCGUAGGCAAUUCUAG